UUUUGACCUCGCAGCUCCUGAAUACAUUUCAAAACUUCCUCUAGAGCUUAGAGACAAAAAUGAAACUCUCAGAUGUCUUCGACGACCGGUGACCAGCAGCCGGUAAAGCUGUCCCUUCCACUGGUAUGUGUCCUACAUCCUCUUGUCGCGACAGCUCCUAAUAAUACCAGAAAUAUCAACAAGAGCUAUUCCAAGAGCUCCGCCAAAAAGAUGAACUCGUGAUAAUCGCGCGCGGCCUCGGCCUCCUACGACUUAUAACAAAUCUCCUCCAUUCGUACGAUGCCGCUGGAAAUAACCUGAUUCUGCUCGUUGGCGCAGACGACCGGGAAAAUGGCUGGAUUGGAGAAGCUCUGGCAGAACAUGCGGCUAUCAGCAUGGCACCCAUAUGUCGCGGACUCAGCGUCGUCAACACUGAUGCGAUGAGUGUUGGUACGAGGGAGAAGAUGUAUGCGCAGGGCGGCAUAUUCAGUAUCACAUCAAGAAUUCUGGUGGUGGAUCUGUUGACCAGUCUCUUGAAUCCGGAAACCAUAACUGGAAUGGUGGUUUUACAUGCGGACAAAAUAGUGGCGACCUCACUGGAAGCUUUUAUUCUUCGAAUAUACCGGCAGAAGAACAAGGCUGGAUUUUUGAAGGCCUUUUCCGAUAAUCCGGAACCUUUUACCACAGGAUUUGCGCCUUUGACUUCAAUGAUGAGGAACAUAUUCCUGCGGAAUGUGAGUUUGUGGCCGCGAUUUCAAGUGAUGGUAGCGCAGUCAUUGGAAGGGAAGAAGAAAGCAGAAGUCAUUGAAUUGGAAGUUCCAAUGUCCGAAUCCAUGCGCGACAUCCAGAACGCCAUCAUGGAAUGUGUCGAAACAAGCAUUGGAGAGCUGAAGAAAGGAAAUUUCGGCUUGGAGAUGGACGACUGGAACGUCGACAGUGCUCUUCAUAAGCAGUUUGAUAUGGUUAUUCGAAGCCAGCUGAAUCCAGUCUGGCAUAGAGUCAGCUGGAAAACGAAACAGAUUGUCAAUGACCUGACAGUUCUGCGAGGCAUGCUUCGUAACCUUCUCACAUAUGACGCUGUUUCGUUCAAUCGACAUCUCGAUACAAUUCUAGCGGCGCAUUCUCCUCCACCAGGUUCUACGAGGCAAAAUCAGUCACCAUGGUUGUUUCUUGACGCUGCUCAUACCAUUUUUGAUACAGCAAAGAGACGUGUCUACACGGGCAAGGCACCGAAAGCUGGUUCAGAUAACAUUGAUGCACUCCGUCCCGUUCUCGAGGAGCAACCCAAGUGGGCAGUGCUAGCAGAGGUUAUGGAUGAGAUUGACCGCGAUCUUUAUUUCAACCCUCCUGUUACGGACGAUUCGAACGGAACAAUUUUGAUUAUGUGUACGGAUAGUGGUCAAUGUCGUCAGCUACGAGAAUAUCUUCAGACCAUGCACGUUCGCCCUGAAAAUGAUGUCCCAGAAGAAGACGAGGAACAAGAUGGAGAGAAGGAGAAAGAAAACGAGCCAUCAGCUGCGUAUAUGAUGCGGAAGAAACUUCGAGAAUAUCUAGGUUGGAAAGACCAAUUCAAAAUGAUUAGUGCAGCUCUGUUUUCCGAGAACCAAGAUGCGGUGAACGGCACUACAAGUCACAAAUCUGGCGGCUCCAACGACUUUAGGGGAAAACCACCUGCAAACAAAAGAAGACGGGUCAGGGGAGGCGGUACUGUUGGUGCUGCACCAUCACGAGCAACAAAUGGUAGUCUUCUCGCAUCUGAAGACAAGCCUUUGGAGGUUGCUAGCUUGAUUGCAGAAAUCAGACCUACAGAAAUUGAGGCGGCCCAGAAAGAAGAUAUAGUAGCUGAUCCAUUGGAAGAUAUGGACGACUACUACGAACUGUAUGAUAUGAAGGAUCUUGUCGUCAUCCAUGCAUUCGAUGGAGAUAUGGAUGAGCAUAUUCUUGAAGAGGUCAAACCGAGAUACAUUAUCAUGUAUGAGCCAGAUACUGCAUUUGUCAGACGAAUUGAGGUUUAUCGGUCAUCACAUAACGAUCGUAAUGUCAAGGUUUAUUUUCUGUACUAUGGCGGCUCAGUCGAAGAGCAACGCUAUCUUUCUUCGGUUCGUCGAGAAAAAGAUGCUUUCACGAAGCUCAUCAAGGAAAAGUCAUCCAUGGCUCUCACUCUUACAACCGACGCCCACGGAAUUGAAGACCCACAGGAAGCAUUCUUACGAACAGUCAAUACCCGAAUAGCAGGAGGCGGCCGCCUAGCAGCAACAGCCCAACCGCCACGAGUAGUCGUCGACGUCCGCGAAUUCCGCUCCUCUCUCCCCUCCCUCCUCCACGGCCGCUCAAUGGUAGUAGUCCCCUGUAUGCUCACAGUAGGAGACUACAUUCUCUCCCCCAACAUCUGCGUCGAACGUAAAUCCAUCAAAGACCUCAUCUCCUCCUUCAAAGACGGCCGGCUAUACACCCAAGCCGAAACCAUGUUCCAGCACUACAAAAAUCCCAUGCUCCUCAUAGAAUUCGACCAGAAUAAAUCCUUCACGCUAGAGCCCUUCGCGGAUCUCUCCGGCUCACUGUCCUCUACUUCUAGUACCCCGAAUGCGUCAUCAGAUCUGCAGUCCAAACUCGUCCUGCUGACGCUCGCCUUCCCCAAACUCAGGAUCAUAUGGUCCUCAUCACCUUACCAGACGGCUGAAAUCUUCGAGUCGUUGAAAACGAUGGAAGCGGAGCCGGAUCCGAUACAAGCCGUCAGUAUCGGACUGGAAGGCGGCCAGAGAGCGGAGGAACAAGCGUUUAAUCGCGAGCCGCAGGAUAUGCUCCGUGUUGUUCCGGGGGUCACAGGGAAGAAUCUGGGGAGUCUUAUUAGAGGAGUGGGGAGUCUGAGGGAGGUUGCGGGCAUGGAGGUCGCGGAGUUGGACCCGAUUGUUGGUGUUGAGGCAGGCAAGAAGAUUCAUCGGUUUUUUAAUAGGAGUGUUUUUGAUGCAUGAGUGGGCGGGUUUGACCCCUCGCUUAUUUAUGGAACCCAGUAUUGUAAGGAGCGCAUGAUUUUAAGGAGAUUCGUACAUGUGAGUCCUUCUCUUCGUAAUAGAAUAAGAAAAUUAUGUCAUGUAACACACAUGGUAUCCACGUGUAAUGAACCAGCUAAUGUGUGAAGAUCUUAACAAGUACAUGUCUUCAAACCCUCCUAGCUUCGAGUACAGAAUACCACGUCAUCAAGGGCAUUCUAACGUCCAAAAUAUGCGAUGUGCGACAAAAAUACUUGCGUGACGUAUCUCUCUUGGUAAAUUAGUAUAGUGCACUAUAGUAAAUCAUAGGUACUUGGAAAUCUACCCGUUUUAGUAGAUAGAACACUUUUAUUGUCAGGGGUUACUGAUCGGUGAUUCUACUAUAUACACCAAGGUGAAACAGGUCCUGUUCAGGUCGCAUUAUCUUGUAUAGCGUUCAAAGGAGAUAUUAUUAUAUGUUUCUCGUUCGCGCACUUAGUUGUUAGCUCCGUGGUUUAUUUAAUGGUUUUAUUAUUUAGGAAUUCUAGUAUUCCUGGUAUUC